AGGAUAUUGAUUCUGCUUCUUCUUGCUGCUUGAUCUUGCUGCUUGCUCAAAGAUACUCCCUACCGCCCACGUCCCAUCGCACGCAUAUACGCACGCACCGCCAUUCUUGGAACCACCCAGUCUGACUGAUUCGACAAGUGGGAGAAGUGAAGAUUGACUGCCAAUUGCUUGGAAUUCCAUUGGGAAUUUGCACGCGAACAGGUCAUAUAGGUGAGAUGAUUUCUAUUACUGUUCUGUUACUUGUCACGCCGAAUCCACAGCAGCGAGAGAGAAAACGGGAGGGAGAGAGUCACCAAUGUGCCACCAGAGUUUUGCCAAAGAGCCAGAGAGAGAUCGAGAGCCAGAGCCAGAGAGAGCGAGAGAUCCAGCGAGAGGAAGCAGCAGGGAGCAUCACCAACCCGCCACCAAAAAAAGAUUCCCAAAAGUCCAGCCCACGCCACAACAUGUCACAAAAACCAGCAUCGUGCAAAACCCCACAUGGGCGACAUCUCGCAUCUCGCACCGAUUGAAACUAUGCGAAACCGGCCAUUUCCUGCAGCCCUCCGGCCGCCAAUGCAGCAGCCGCCGCA